AUGAGAGAUCAUGCUUCGAGAUCCAUCCAGGAUAGCUCAAUUUGAACUUCUAAUGGCAAUGAUUCAUCAUCUGUCAGUCCUUCCCAUCCGCUUAGGAACAAAGUAUGUUCUUCUGUUGCUGAACUGGACGAUAUUAAACUAAUUGAGAGCGACUCAGGAAAGAACAAUUUGAGGACGGAAAUUAAUAGGCUUAGACGUCUAGUUGAGAAGAAAGACCUCUUGAUAGAUCUGCUUAUGGAGAAAAUUGUUAAACUGCAGAGGUUCGAUACAUCUGCUAAAGAUGAAGAAGGAUGUAACGAGUAUCUUGAUUCAAUGAAUCGUCAUCCUUCGUCAAGUGCGAUGUCACUGGAUGUGUCUUGUGAAAAUGCUAGGACAUUCAAAACUAAGUGUUCUCUUUCUUCAUCAUCUAAUGUCAACGCCGUAGGCGAUCACUUAACUCAAAAAUCUGUUACACAAUCAUCAAAGUCUGGAAGUGUCGUUAUUCGCAAGAUCGCAAAGCACACAAUUUCUGGAAGACAACACGAAAGCCACUCAGGAAAGAUCAGAAAUCGUUGCAACGUUGUAAAAGAUGUGGAAAAUGAGGUAGAUCAAGGUUGUUCCAGCAACCCUAUGAGAUUAAGCCGCGAUGUCUUUAUUAUCGAAAGCUUUUCGUCGAGCUCAGAAGAUAAUCAUCCAGAUUGGAAAGCUCCUCUUCCCCCAUCGAUGUAUUUGAGAAAAAACCGACCAGAGUUGAUUAGACGUAUCGAAAAUAGGCAGGCUGCCAUCAGAGCGGCUGCGACUCUAAGACAUCGAGUUGCGGAGGAGAAAAUGAAAGCCGCUCGUGAUGUGGUGCAGAGGAAGUGCACUGUGAACAGUGUGCGAAAGAGUUUGAUGCUUGAUCCAACGCGAAUAACAGCAUUUCCAAAGUCAGAAAUGGUCAACUUGAGCAGGAGACGUCUACGGGCAUCGUGUGCUUACAAGACUGAAGUUUUGGGUGGAAGAAGUCGAAUAGACAUUGCUGCCUCUAAAAUUAUAGCUCACACUUUCAGUGAGGCGACCAGACAAGCUAUUCUUGCACGUCGAUAG